UGUAAUCUGUAAGAAAUAGUAUAAAACCUGUAAGAAAAUGAGGGUCGGUGGGAUUCUGAUUUGGGACGCUAGUCCCCGGGUCCCCGGGCCCGAAUAAAGCACCGCAUAAACUACUUUGUGGUUUGUGUUUCUCUUCGUUGGGCAACAGUUUUCUGGCGACCGCGGCAGGACUCCGAAGGUUGCUGGGGCGGUUCGCGAGGUGAUCUACUCCACGCCGGCACCAGGUGAUUUCUGGGGAGACAUCAACCCGUGCCCGACCCCGCGCCUGUCGGACAACUACGAGACUCUUGCAGCUGUACGGGGAGCCUUGCAGUGGAACCGCCCGCUACCACUAGAGAACCCAGUUCAUGACAUCUCGCCGGGAGACCAUGUGUACGUGAAAAAUUGGAGCGUGGAGCCUCUGAAGGAAUCAUAGAAUGGUCCCUACCAAGUGCUGAUGACCACGUACACCGCCGUCAAGGUCGCUGGGAUUGAUAAUUGGAUACACUACACCAGGGUGAAGAAGGUACCGACGAGAUGGGAGGUGCAGCCAAUAACGGACACCCGGAUGGUAUUCCGAACAAAGCCCUGAUCAUCUUGAUACUGAUUGUUUGUCAGUUAGUAGCCUCAGCAGUUAUAAUUCAUGUACCAGACCCUUUAGUCUUAGUACCGGAAAGUGGAAAUGUUGAAUUAACCUGUUUGUUUUCUGACAACCAGAAAGCUGGAUCCCAUGAAAUUAAUGUGAGAUGGAGAAAAGGCCUUGACAUCGUAAGUAAAGGAAUAAUAACACUUUGGGAUGACCAUCAGCAAUCAGGAAACACUACCUUAAGGAUUCCUAAAAUCUCAACUUCUGGAGAAGGUAGAUACACCUGUGUAGUAUGGAUAAAAAGUAGUUUUGAUUAUGGGGAUUUUGAGUUGGAAAUUAUAAAUGAAAACUAUACCAGUGCAGGUUCGGUAAUAGUAGCACCCUUGAAAACAAGCCAGGAUAUUUGGUUGGGCCCGCCAUUGAGAAUUAGUUGUCAAUACACCUUGAAGAAUAGUUGCAAAAGAAGAAUAAGGAUUAGCUGGUGGAAAGAGAGAGAGAUGGAAUGGGAUCAAUUGAAAGAAGGAAGUAGUGAGUGGAAGAAAGAGUCUAAAGGGGUCGGGUGGUAUAAUAUCACAUCUUUUGCUUCAACAACUAUGGCAGGGAAUUAUCUGUGUAUAGUUAAGUGUGGAUUAGAUGGAGGAUUUGGACUUCGGGAAGUGGUCGCUAGAACAAACCCAGAUCAGGGAAUAGGAGCAACUGAAAGAACAAUCUUAGCAGUAGAAAGAGAAAAUAUUGCUUUAAAUUGUACAAUAUCCCAAAAUUACACUGAGUAUGGGUGGUGGCAUGAAACAAGGAUUAGGCCGGGAUCAAAGUAUAAAAUCACAGCAGGGAGAAAGGAAAUAGCAUUGCAAAUUACUAAUGUACAGAAAGGGGAUGACGAAGGAGAAUAUUGGUGUUAGAUAGCCCGAGAUAAUUGGUGGGGUCACAGUCAGGUAACGUUAAGAGUAAGGGACAUACGAGUUACCAGACAGGUCCCAGAGAGAAAUCAAACCCUAAAAAUAAGAGAAGGACAGGAAAAUUUAAUAGUAGGACUAAUUCGAGACUUCGGAAGAAUGCAAAAUACAACUUCAAUA